ACCUGUUUCACCAUAUAACACUAUUGUAGUUGAGAACAGAAGUGUGUUGAUAAUUACAUAGUUAAAUAAGCCUUCAAUGUACUUUACAAUAUUCUAUUUUGUCAUCGGAUUAGUAAUGUAAAUCACAUGUACAUGUUUGAAUAAAGGACACACUCAUCAAAACACAUUUACUUGCAUAAACAUGUCGAUGAUUUAUGCCAUCAUAACGAAAAUAUAUCUUUCUUUGGAGCACCUUUUGCACAUGAUUUAAACAAUAUUCCUGAAUAUUGUUCAAAGAAAGUUAUCUCUUUUUUGUAAUUCCUUUUCUGAUAACUGAUGAAUUAUGUGUAAUUCAUAUCAUUCACGAUUGUCCUAAGUUUGACCUUCUUCUUUUAUCGGAUCACUGAUUUCAAAUAUCAACACAACAUUUUUAUGAAUUGCCAUUAUCCAAUCAAAUUACGUUAACUCAGGAUUACAUUAACUGUGGAUUUCCGUAACAGUACUGACAAUUAAAUCAUUUUAAUAGACUCAUCGAUUGAAACAGGUGCAGCAGUUACACAAAAUGUUCUUCCUCUACCAUGUCUACGGCGUGCCAGAUUUAUCAUAACAGCGCACUCUAAGAUAAGUAAGGACUAUAGAUUAUAGGAUAUGCCGACGACAAAAAAUGAACUGCGCUCGGAUUAGAUGUAAAAAUAUUGAAGGGAGAAGACGGAAAGAUUGAAUCCGGAGUAAGGUUAAUGAAGAUGUCAAAACAUAAAUGCGGGACCUGUGGAAAAUCCUAUUCACAAAAGCAAGGAUUAUCUCGUCAUAAAAGGACGGCUCACUCGGGAGAGAAACAUGUGUGUAUAACAUGUAAAGUACAGUUUAGCAGACGUGACAACUAUCUACGGCACAUGAAAAGGCACAGAUCCCAGCAAGGAAGAGAUAGUAGUACUGAAACUAAUGAGACUAAAGAAAAAGAGUUGUACACAUGUAAUGUCAAAGCCCUUAAUGGAACCAUAGAAACACAUACUAUCGAAGCAAAAGGACUGAAUCAAUUCGAUUGUAUUUCCAUUUUCGAUCCGAUGACAUUUCUGAACAGUCGGUAUGACGAUGUGAAUGACAUCAUCAAACGCAAAAUUAAAGAGAGUGGUGGUAUAAAAUGGUACCUGUCAAUGGAAGUGAGAAUGAGCAGGAGAAAUGGAGAACUACUGGAAACAGCAGAACCUCAUUUUCGCGGCAAAUGUCAAACGAGUCUAAAAGUCGAAGAUAUUGACGAGGGCUUAAAGGAAUCCUUUAAAAAGAUGUCUACAUCGUUCGCCAAUUACCAGAACAAGGGGAGUAACUGGACCGUAGAUGAAGUAAAUGACUUGACGAUAAAUAUGGCCCGGUAUAGGCCACUUCGAGGGUCAAGUUAUAUUCCACUGCCGAUCAAAAUGGCGUCGAAAAAAGCAAUCAUCAAUGUGAAAAACAAGGACAACAAAUGUUUCGUGUGGUCAAUCCUUGCUGCCUUAUAUCCUGCAAAACGAGAUGCAGAGAGGACCUCGAAAUAUAAAAAAUACUUUGGAAUAUUAAAUAUUGAUGGGAUUGAAUUUCCAGUCAAAAUGGGGGAUAUUUCAAGAUUUGAGGAGCAGAAUAAUGUUUCCAUCAAUAUAUUUAGAUACAAAAACACUGAGAUCUUUCCUGUACAUAUCACCAAACAUCGGUUUAAAUCCCAUGUAAACCUCAUGCUAAUCUCGAACAAGAAGAAAGUACAUUUCUGCUGGAUUAAAAAUCUGAAUCGAUUAUUUGGUGAUCAAAAGUCUGCUGGACAUAAGCAUUUCUACUGCCCAUACUGCUUGCACGGAUUUACACAGGAAAGACUAUUAACCAACCACGUACCAUAUUGUCAGGCGCACGGACCACAGAAAAUCGUUCUCCCCAAAGAAACAGAUAAGUGGCUGUACUAUAAAGAUAUACGCAAACAGUUGAAGGUGCCGUUCAUUAUUUAUGCUGAUUUCGAAAGUCUGCAGGUGCCUCUGGUUGGAUGUCAAAACAGUCCCAAAAAAUCAUCGACAUCAAAGAUAACGGAGCAUACACCAUGUGGAUUUGCAUACAAAGUAGUUGGUUUGACACCAGAAACGUCGAAAAAUCCAGUGGUUUAUCGCGGUGCCGAUGCGGCUGAUAAAUUUGUUCAUUAUAUGGUGAAAGAGCAGGAAGAAAUAGAACAGAAAUUUAGGCGUUGCAAGCCUGUAAACAUGAUGCGAGGUGACUGGAAGUCAUACAAGAAGGCUACCCAAUGCCAUAUAUGUCUCAACGAACUAAAAGAUGACAGUAUAAGAGUUAUAGAGCACUGUCACAUAACCGGCAAAUUCAGAGGUGCUGCACAUAAAGAAUGUAACAUCAACUUCAAGUUUACAGGCCGAAUUCCGGUUGUAUUUCAUAACCUUAGAGGAUAUGAUAGUCAUUUGAUUAUGCAAGCUAUUGGAAAGGUCAACAAAAAACUAACGUGCAUACCCAACAACAUGGAGAAGUAUAUUUCUUUCUCAAUGGGUUGUAUGGAUUUUAUUGAUUCGUAUCAGUUCAUGCCUUCGUCUUUAGAAAAUCUUGUUGAGAACCUUGCAAAAGAAAAUUCUAGUAAAUUUCGACAGACGACGAUGCAUUUCACGGAAAAAAAGAUACAUCUGUUUCUGCGAAAACAAGUUUACCCAUAUGAAUAUUUUGAUUCUGCUUCAAAAUUUACGGAGUGUCAACUGCCACCAAUUGAAGCUUUUUACAGUUCACUAUCAGGAGAAGGUAUAUCUGAGCUUGAUUAUGUACAUGCACAACAAGUGUGGCAGCAGUUUAACAUGCAGAGUCUCGGAGAUUACCAUGACCUAUACGUAAAAGCAGACGUCCUUGCAUUAGCUGAUGUCUUUGAAAAUUUCAGAGAUAUCUGCCUCAACUACUAUGGACUAGAUGCUGCACAUUUUUAUACCUCACCCGGUCUCGCAUGGCAGGCUGCCUUGAAAAUGACACGAGUGAAAUUAGAAUUACUUACAGACAUAGACAUGCAUUUGUUUGUAGAGAAAGGAUUAAGAGGGGGAAUAUCGAUGAUAUCUCAUCGUCAUGCCAAAGCUAACAAUAAGUAUAUACCAGACUACGAAAAAAAUAAACCAAAUAGUCACGUGAUGUACCUAGAUGCAAACAACUUAUACGGAUGGGCUAUGUCUCAGGCACUACCAGUUAAAGGCUUCAGAUGGUUAGACGAGUUUGAAAUAGAGAAUCUAGAUGUUAAUGACAUUGAAGAUGAUAGUGAAAAUGGUUAUGUUUUUGAAGUGGACUUGGAAUAUCCAACAAAAUUACAUGAUAACCACAACGAAUAUCCACUGGCUCCCGAAAAAAUUCAGGUAACAGAGGAUAUGUUAUCACCCUAUGCAAAAACGCUGCUUGAGGAUUUAAAAGUAACAGGAACAUCGACUGAAAAAUUGAUACCCAAUUUAUAUCCAAAGGAAAAAUACGUGGUGCAUUACCGAAAUUUGAAACAGUACUUAUCACUUGGAAUGAAACUGACUAAGACUCACAGAGUCAUGGUAUUUAAACAAGAACAAUGGCUAAAGAAAUAUAUCGAUUUUAACACAGCCAAAAGACAGACGGCCCAAAAUAGUUUUGAGAAAGAUUUUUUUAAAUUAAUGAACAAUGUAGUCUUUGGGAAGACAAUGGAGAAUUUAAGAAAGAGAACAGAUAUUAAAUUAGUAAAUAACCAAUCAAAAGCCAGAAAACUAAUCAACAAACCAACGUUCAAUGCCUUCAAAAUAUUCAACGACGACCUGGUGGCUGUUCACAUGCUGAAGCAACGAUUAUACUUGAACAAACCAAUUUAUGUAGGAUUCACUAUACUUGAUUUGUCAAAAGAGUUGAUGUAUGACUUCCAUUACAAUAAAAUAAAGGAGAAAUAUGGAGCAAAAGCAAAACUCUUGUUUACGGACACAGACUCAUUAUGCUAUAGCUUCGAGACUGAUGACAUAUACCAAGAUAUGAUUAAGGACAAGGACUGGUAUGAUACAUCAGAUUAUGACCCUGAACAUCCACUUCAUAGCACUUUGAAUAAAAAGGUAUUAGGAAAGAUGAAGGAUGAGACCAAUGGUAUUCCCAUACAGGAAUUCGUCGGUCUAAAGUCCAAGAUGUACUCAUUAAUAUAUGAAGAAAAUGGAAAUCUCAAAGAAAAGAAAACAGCAAAGGGUAUAAAAAAGAGUGUCACUAAGCUUAACACGAGACACGAACAUUACAAACAAUGUUUGUUUGAUAAACAAAUUCAUAUGUCUACUAUGACACAUAUCCGUUCAUUCGACCACCAGUUAUAUAAUAUUUCUAUAAAUAAACGGGGCCUGUCCCCAUUUGAUGACAAAAGAUAUUUACUUGAUGAUGGGAUAUCGAGUUACGCGUACGGACAUUGCGACCUAUGAAAAUCUAGAGUUCGGAGAAGUUAAUAUUCCAGAGGACACAGAAAAUGCAUUUGCAAAUAAACGCUUAGAAAUGUUUUGUCUUUAAUACGACGAUGGUAGAACUAGCUUUAUUCUAUGGUAGUGCCGUUUGGGGAUACAAAUCUCACAGAACAAUUAACAAUGUACAGAACAAAGCUGCAAAAUACUUGCAGUUAGGAAGCGUACCUCCAACACAGCGGUGCGCGGAGAUCUUGGACUAACCUCAUGUUAUGCGAAGCAAAAACUGUCAUGCCUACGUCUAAAAUGUAAGAUGAUACGAGUUAACGAUGAUAGACUUAUAUCAAAAGUAGCAAAGUGGGCCUCGCGGCGACGAAAAGGGUGGCAUCAUCAAAUAGACGUUGCUGAUAUUGUUCAUAACGCCACUCUCAGUAUUAAAACGGCGAUGCGUCUCAUAAAUGAAAAACUUACAAACUUUGACCAGGCUGAUUUCGAGAAAGAUUUACAUGACGACAGAAACAAUGCUAACAGGAACAAGCUAAGGACUCGUAUUUACAAGAAAAGUGUUAAAACAGAACAGUAUAUUCUUUGGCUUUUACCAAGAAACGUAACUCGAACUAUGGCAUUUUUUCGCAGUGGAUCGUUACCCCUAGCUGUAGAGACAGGAAGAUACACCAGACCGCAGAUUCCGUUGGAUAAUAGACUAUGUAAAUUUUGUAAAUUGAAUGAUGUUGAACACGAAACUCACUGUUAAAUGGUUUGCCCUCUGUAUGAAGACAUUAGAUAUGAUUUUUAAUUCAACAAAAAUGCAUAUUUCAGGGAAAAAACUUUUGGUACAUAAAUAAUGAAAGUAUAUUUGUUCUAGUAGUUUAUGUUAUAUGUUGAUAGAAAAUUUUUAAUAUAUGUUUUUUAGAAAAUUGGUAAAAGUGGUUUGAAUUAAUUUUUAGUCCCCUACCGACGAAGUCGAAGGGACUUUAUGUAAGCACUCUGUCUGUCUGUCUGUCUGUCUGUCGGUCGGUCAGUCCGGAAAAUCAGUGUUCCACACUUUUUUUCUUCGUGCUUAAAGAUAUUGAUUUGAUAUUUGGUAUAUAGAUUUAUCAUGACUAGUUACCGAUCAAGUUUGAAUUUUGUUCCGGUCUGAUGAUUUUGUGCGGCGUUAUGGUCCUUGGACUUAGAAAAUUCAUGCAAGUAAUCAGUUUUCCGGGGUUUUUUUUUGUCAUAUUUAAAGAUAUUGAUUUGAUAUUUGGUAUAUAGUUUUAUCAUGACUAGUUACAGAUAAAUAUCGAAUUUUGUUCCGGUCUGAUGAUUUUGUGCAGAGUUAUGGUCCUUGAACUUAAAACAAAUUUAGGAAAGUAAUCAGUUUUCCGCUGGUAUAUAGUUUUAUCAUGACUAUUUACAGAUAAAUAUCGAAUUUUGUUCAGGUCUGAUGAUUUUGUGCAGAGUUAUGGUCCUUGAACUUAAAACAAAUUCAGGAAAGUAAUCAGUUUUCCGCACUUUUUUUCAUCAUGCUUGAAGAUAUCGAUUUGAUAUUUGGUAUAUAGUUUUACCAUGACAAGUUGCAGAUCAAGUUCAAAUUUCUUUCGGUUACGAUGAUUUUUUUUUUGGCAGAGUUAUGGUCCUUGGACUUUGAAAAUUCACUCAAAUAAUCAGCUUUCAACACUUUUUUUAGCUCACCUCGCCCAAAGGGCCAAGUGAACUUUUCUCAUCACUUGGCGUCCGUCGUCCUUCGUCGUCCGUCGUCCGUCGUCCUUCGUCGUCCGUCGUCGUCGUCCGUUAACUUUUACAAAAAUAUUCUCCUCCGAAACUACUAGGCCAAAUUUAACCAAACUUGGCCACAAUCAUCAUUAGGGUAUCUAGUUUAAAAAAUGUGUCCGAUGACCCCGCUUGCCAACCAACAUGGCCGACAUGGCUAAAAAUAGAACAUAGGGGUAAAAUGUAGAUUUUGGCUUAUAUCCCUGAAACUAAAGCAUUUAGAGUAAAUCUGACAUGAGGUAAAACUGAUUAUCAGGUCAAGAUCUAUCUGCCCUGAAAUUUUCAGACAAAUCUGACAACCUGUUGUUGGGUUGCUGCCCUUGAAUUGGUAAUUUUAAGGAAAUUUUGCAGAUUUUGGUUGUUAUCUUGAAUAUUAUUAUAGAUAGAGAUAAACUGUAAACAGCAAUUAUGUUCAGCAAAGUAAGAUCUACAAAUAAGUUGUCAUGACCAAAAUUGUCAGUCGACCCCUUUAGGCGUUAUUGCCCUUAAUAGUCAAUUUUUAUAAAUUUUUUGUAAAUUUUUGUUAUCUUUUACAAAAAUCUUCUUCUCUGAAACUACUGAGACAAAUUUAACCAUACUUGGCCAUAAUCAUUAUUAGGGUAUCUAGUUUAAAAAAUUUGUCCGAUGACCCCGCCUUCCAACCAUCAUGGCCGACUUGGUUAAAAAUAAAACAUAGGGGUAAAAUGCCGGUUUUGGUUUAUAUCUCUGAAACUAAAGCAUUUAGAGCAAAUCUGACAGGUGGCAAAAAUGUUCAUCAGAUUUAGAUUUAUCUGCCCUGAAAUUUUCAGACGAAUCCGACAACCCGUUGUUGGGUUGCUGCCCCUGAGUUAGUAAUUUUACAAACAUUUUGCAGUUUUUUGUUAUUAUCUUAGAUAUCAUUAUAAUAUCUAAUAUCUAAUACUAUUAAUUAUGAUUUUAACCUUAUUUUACAUGAUUUCCGAAGCAUCAGUAAAUACAGGUGAGCGACACAGGCUCUUGAGAGCCUCUAGUUUGUUAUGCUUGAAGAUAUUGAUUUGAAAUUUGUUGUAAAGUUUACACUAUGACAAGUUAUAGAUCAAGUUAGCAUUUUGUUCAACUACAAUGAAUUUUUAACCGGUAGGGGACUAUGUAUUGCCAUGCAAUACUCUCAGAAUGCUUGUUGAUUCUAUUUUCUUUCUCUCUUUUCUUUAACUUUUAUUAAUUUUAAAUUAGAAUAUAUAGUAAUGUUUUAUUUUUAUCGAAGCUUUACCAAUAAUUUUGUUUUAGUCGUAAGAUGCAAUUUUUAAACUAGGUGUAUUUAACAGUCUUAAAUUUCUUUUAAUUUUGAUAGCAGAUAUUCCGCAGUUAUUUCGCAGACGAAAGCAGAUAUUCCUUUCAAUUUAUUAAGUUUGCAAGAUAAAUGCAUUAGAUUUCUUAUUAUUUUCUACUUUUUUUAUUUUUUUUACCUUGUGAGUUUGAGCUGUUUUAUAUGUAUAUAAUAGUGUCUCAUAAGUCUUUAUAGGCUGGGUGCUGAUCUUUUUGUUUAUGCGAUUGUAUUUGUAAAUAUUUUACUCUUGUGUAAGUUCAAUACGUGACACUUUAAUAAAAUUAAUUUAUCUUUA